ACGCGAAGCGCGGCGCGGGGCGGGGGGGGAGCCGCCGCUGGGAGCGCGCGCGCUCAGGUCCCGGCGCGGCCAUGGGGGCAGCGGCUGCCGAGGCGAACCGGACGCUCUUCGUGGGGAACCUGGACCCCAAGGUCACCGAGGAGCUCAUCUUCGAGCUCUUCCACCAGGCCGGCCCCGUGAUCACCGUGAAGAUCCCGAAGGACCGCGACGGACGGCCCAAGCAGUUCGCCUUCGUCAAUUUCAAGCACGAGGAGUCGGUGCCGUACGGGCUGCGGCUGCUGAACGGCAUCAAGCUCUACGGGCGGCCCAUGCGCAUCCAGUUCCGCUCAGGCAGCAGUCAUGCGGCCCAGGAUAUCAGUCCAUCCUGUUCCCAGCUCGGAGCUCCGGGCACCAGCCCUCCUGGGAUGCCUCACCCUGCAUCCAACUGCAGCCGGUAUGAGAGGGUUCCAGACGGCGUGGCCGCACCGGGGUUCGCGUCGAGCCUGCAGAGACAAGCGGUGAUGAACAGCGCGGCUCGGCAGCAGCCCGGCUUUGCCCCUCCCGGCUACCCGCACCCCUUCCACGCCCCGCCGGGCUCCCCGGGGCCGCGGCGCCCCGAGGGGCCGCGCAAGGCCCGGCUGGGCGCCCACCCCUACGCCCCCGAGAGCCGGCACUUCGGCCGCGAGCGCUUCGGGGACGGCGGCGCCGACUACGGCCGCGGCAAGCGCGACGACUACGGCUUCGAGGAGAGGGGCCACGAGGGCGAGCACCACUACCGGGGCCGCGAGGAGCACUACGACGAGCGGCACCGCGACAGCUGGAGCUACGAGUACCGCAGGGAGAGCUACCGAGAGGCCAAGUGGCACUCGGCGCGGCACUGAGGGACUCGAGGGCAAAGCAAACGGGACCUGUUUCUACCGAGUACAUGUAUAAACCUCCCCCCCCCUCAAAAAAAAACCCCCCAGUGAAGUCACCUUUUAGCGUUUGUAAAAAAUACCAGCAGUGCAGUCCUGCCAAACUCCGGUCUCAGUAUUAAAUGUGUUAACGCACACCUAGGGCUUUUCACGGGGUCAGAAAGCCACAGUGAAGCCUUGGAGAAACCACCCCUCUGUCCUUGUGUCACAGAUAAGUGCUGUUAGUACUUUUUUAGGAGAAAGGAACAUCUGUGUCAGAUGGAAGGGUCUGGUGUUUUAAGCAGAGUUGAGGUGGCACAGAUGCUGCCUGGCGUCUGUAACAUUCCUCACGUUGUUUUUUAUACAGUCAGAGAAUCACACAUUGGUCUGGGUUGGUAGGUACCUUAACCAACCCCCUGCCAGAGGCAGGGACACCUUCCACCAUCCAGGCUGCUCAGAGCCCCGUCCAGCCUGGCCUCGAACGCUUCCAGUGACGGAGCAUCCACAAUUUCCACGGGUAGCUUGUUACAGUGCCUAAGCACCCUCACAGUAAAGAAUUCUUUCCUAAAAUGUAAUCCAAACCUACUGUCUUUCAAUAUGAACCCAUUCCCUGUUGUCCAUUUAAAAUAUUGUCUUGGAGAACAUUAAAAGUCUCCCUGGGGAGAGCCCCUGGGUGCGCC